AUGCUUUCUUUAAGAGUUACCUUCCUUUUUGUAGCUUGUAAUAUCUUAUUGAGAUUGAAAAGGCUCGAGAGUAUAAAUCUCUCUGGCAAUAAUUUCCACAAGAGCAUCAUAUCAUGCCUAACUGCACUUCCAUCCCUCAAGAUUCUUGAUCUUUCCUUGUCUAGUUCAUUGGGAAGUUACUUUCCCGUCCAAGCUUAUGCAUCUUUCCGCUAUUUGGAGGUCUUAGAUUUGAGUUACAACAGUUUUGUUGGGAGUGCCCCUUCACCAAUACAAGCAUUAUCCUCCCUAAGAGCACUCUCAUUCACUUACAAUAAGCUUAACGCCUCAUUGCCGGAUCAUGGGCUCUGUGAGUUGAAGAACCUCAUUGAGUUGGAUCUUAGUUACAACAUGAUGCAUGGAAGUCUGCCUCAGUGUUUUAACAAUCUAUCAUCUCUUAAGUUGUUGGGUGUAUCUUCAAAUCAAUUCUCAGGGAUACUUGUGCCAUCACUCAUUGCUAAUCUCACAUCUCUCGAGUACAUUGAUUUUAGUCAUAACACAUUUAAAGGUUCAUUCUCAUUCAGCUCAUUUUCGAAUCAUUCAAAGCUUGAGGUCAUUCGAUUUUUAAGCAAUAAUGAAAAUUUUGAGGUGGAAACUAAAGAGCCUAUAGGUUGGAUUCCAAUGUUCCAGUUGCAAAUUCUUAAGCUAUCUAAUUGUAAUAUGAAAAUGCCUCCUGGGCUUCUACUUCACCAGCACAAGUUAAGACGAAUAGACAUGUCUCAAAACUCCUUGGAGGGACAAUUCCCAAAUUGGUUGAUUAAAAAUAAUAUCAAUCUGGAACUUCUGAAUCUAACACACAACUUUUUUGGCAGUAUGCCAUUGUAUAGGAAUGCUAAUAUGAGGUGGUUGGAUAUGCCUGGAAAUCACAUGAUAGGUAUUAUUCCCGACAGUAUACCAAGGUUCUUUCCCAACAUGCUUCAUUUGAAUUUGUACAUGAAUGCUUUAAGUGGUGUUAUCUCAUCCUCAAUUGGUGAAUUGAGUAAAUUAUGGAUACUGGAUUUAUCUGGGAAUGAGUUAUCAGGAGAAGUACCAAAGGGAUUGUUUACAAAUAUCCCUCGGUUGGGUUUUCUAAAACUAUCAAGGAACAAACUGCAUGGGGAGGUACUCUCAGGAAACUUAAGAUGGGGUAACAUCCAAGGGGUUUACUUAGAUAGCAACCAUUUCACAGGGGAAAUUGGAAUUAAGAGCAAAUAA